UUGUAUGUACACUUGUGCUGUUUUGUGCUGUGUCUGGCUUUGAAUUGGAAUUGGAAAAAGUGCAGCAACAAGAAGGCAGCGACACACUUUUAAUUAAAAGUGAAAAAUGCAUGAAUGUGUUUCGCCAGCAGCAUAAUCGAAGCGCAUAAGAAGUUAUUUAUAGCGCCAGAGGCCGACGUUCGAGACAGCAACACGCCCACAAGUAGCAGCAGCAGACGCAAAUCGACCAACAAAAUGUCGCGCAGCAAAUCCCGUCUGCAAACCGAAGUCUGCGGCGAUUGCGGAGCAUCGGAUCCCUCUUGGGCAUCCAUCAAUCGUGGCAUUUUGUUGUGCGCGGACUGUUGCUCGGUGCAUCGCAGCCUGGGACGGCACAUUUCCAUUGUGAAAUCGCUGCGUCAGGGCAAUUGGGAGCCAUCGGUGCUGAAUUUUGUCAAUUCGCUGAACGCACAUGGGGCCAACAGUGUCUGGGAGCAUCAUCUGUUGGAUGGCAGCACAAAUUCGUCGGGCGGCAAACAUGUGCCUCGGUGGCGCAAGCCAACGCCCAAGGAUGCACUGCAUCCAACCAAAUCGGAUUUCAUCAAGGCCAAGCAUGUCAAUUUAAAUUUUGUACUAAAGCCCAGCCUACAGGAUGAUGACGAUUCCAGCGGCGGUGGCAGUAGUCUCGAACAGGAGCUGAGUCGGCAGCUGCAUGCCAGCGUCCGCACCAGCAAUCUGGAGACAUCGUUGCGUUUCCUCGUACAGGGCGCCGAUCCCAAUUACUAUCAUGAGGAGAAGUGCUCCACGCCGUUGCACAUGGCGGCCAAAUUUGGCCAAGCCUCGCAAAUUGAAAUGUUGCUCAUCUAUGGCGCUGAUGUGAACGCAUUGGAUGGGAAUGGAAUGACGCCCCUGGAGUUGGCCAAGGCCAACAAUCAUAGCACCAUUGCAGAGCGUCUGCUGGACGCCAUGUACGAUGUGACAGACAGACUCAUUGUGUUCAUGGGCGGCAAGAAGCCAGAUCAUGCUUGUGGUCGCCACUUGAUCAUUCCGGAUACAAACAGUGGCGAGAUCAGUGAACAAUUGAAAAUAGCACGCGGCAAGCUGCAGCUGGUGCCCAAUAAGAUGUUUGAGGAGCUCGUCAUGGAUCUGUACGACGAAGUCGAUCGUCGCGAAUGCGAAGCCAUUUGGUCCACAAGCACGCUGAAUGCUGAGCAUGCGACGGUGCCAUUUCUGCCAGCAAACCCAUUUUUGAGCGCCACUCGCAAUCAGGGUCGCCAGAAGCUGGCACGUUUCAAUCGCGCCGAGUUCGCCGGACUGCUAACUGAUGUGCUAAUCGAUGCGCUGCGACGACAGAAUAUGGCCAAUUUGAGGCCGUUGGACGCGCCGUUGGCAACGCAGUCGCUGCAGUUGUUGCCGUAUGGCAACAACUCAACCAUGUACAGCAGCUCGUUUGAGCAGAGCAUGCAUGAUCCAAAUCUGUCGGAUGAUGAGCCAAUCUACGAUCCAGUGGCUAGCGAUGAUGACUAUGCACCGGUGCCGCCAAUGGCGCAGCAGGCCGUUGUACACACUCCGCCACGCAAUGCGGACGAAAUGGAAACGCUGCGGAAACAGCUCAACGAAUACAAAAGUGAGAUCAAUCAGCUGAAGAAUGUGGUGCAGCAGCUGUCCAGCGAGAAUUCGCAGCUGAAAUCACAAUUCAACAGCGCCUCCAACAACAGCGUCUACGAUGAGCCACUUCGCAUUGAUUUGAGUCUAAACAGUCCAGACUCGGAGCAUGAGCCCAUGUCACUGCCGGAAGGCAGCAGCAAUGCUGCAGCUGCUGCUGCUGGUGCGGACAGUGCCUCAUCGAACAACUCUUCCAAUCAAUCGACUAUCAAGCGACCCGCCAGCAUGUAUGAGCGUCGCCUGGCCAACAAUUUGGCCAAGGGCAACAACGAUGUGCGCAACACAACGAGCAUGUACCAAAUGGCUGGCGAUGGCAAGCCAUUUGGCGAGGAGGUCAAGCUGCGCUCCGAUCUGGUCACACGCUGUCUCAAGGAGCUCAUACAGGCCAUGCAUCCAACCACUGAGGCUGAGAAGCAAUCCGUUGCGCCACAUGGUGAACGUAUUCGGAGCGCUGUGACAGACCUGAUAGCGCUAUAUGCAAAUCUGCCACCAAAUGCGAACGAGACAACGCGCGAGACUCUCAAGCAGCUGACACGCAAGAAUAUACUCAUCCAGCACGAGUGCGAGAAUCUGCAAAAGUCCAUCGAGGCAGACGAUAAGCUGGCCAUACAGAAGAAUACGCUGGAGGUGCGCGAUUGUGCCUUCCACAUAGCCAGUGCCAUUAAGACCCUUGUGCUGCAGUUCUAUUGAGCGACGAUGCGUAUGCCAAUUUAUAGUUUCUAAGUUCCCGAAAGUGUUUCAAAGCGUUUAAGCUAAACUACAGUUAUAGUAUUAACCUCCCCGACUCACGACCCUUAUAGACUAACCAAGUGCUUCCCUUAAAUUGACUAACGAAAUGAAAUUUGUUUGCCACAUGAAGCAAAAGAUUUUUUUAUUUGUAUUAAUAAAUGUUUUACAUAAAGCGAUUUUUCCAAUAUGUUUAACAGCAUAUUGAAUAAAAUAGUUUGUGUUUUUAUACCAAUUAGAUUUGAGCUUGUUAAGUUGUUGAAACUGGAGAGAAGUGUUCGCAAAAAAAGAUGUAUAUAUUUGUGAGAUAAAGAAAUAUGUUGUAGAAAAGUGAAA